UUGGCGCUUUGCAGUAGUCGUUUGUUAGCGCGUCACAUAAUCUUGGAGAAUCGAUAUGGCUGGUGGAAAAGCAGGAAAAGAUUCCAAGGCAAAGGCCAAGGCAGUUUCUCGUUCAGCAAGGGCCGGACUUCAGUUCCCUGUAGGUCGUAUUCACAGACAUUUGAAGAACCGAACGACCAGUCAUGGACGUGUUGGAGCAACAGCCGCUGUUUACAGUGCCGCUAUUCUGGAGUAUUUAACGGCAGAGGUCCUUGAGUUGGCUGGAAAUGCUUCUAAGGAUUUAAAAGUGAAACGUAUCACUCCCCGCCAUCUUCAACUUGCCAUUCGCGGAGACGAAGAACUCGACUCUCUAAUCAAAGCAACCAUCGCCGGUGGAGGUGUUAUCCCUCACAUUCACAAGAGUUUAAUUGGCAAGAAGGGUGCCAACAAACCAACAUAAGUUUAAUUUCUCAGUUUCUUUUUACUCCAUAUUCUCUGUACAGUUUCAUUGGAACCAUAACAUUGCCUAUACACUUCGUUGCAAAGUAAAGCUCUGCCUACAUCUCAACUAUUAACCAUUAAAAGGAUGUUACGCUUUGUUUGUAUUUAUAUGCUCAAUGUACAAUUGUGUAAUCGUGAGUUUGAAUAAAUCACUCUUCACUUUUUAACCAGUGGCAAGCUUUUCUAAGUUCAACCUGUAGUUUUUUUGAGUGUUUUUGUAUCAUUUUUCUGAUGUGUGCUUUUCUAGUGAAGAGAAACAUUGUAAAAGCUGGUUCUCAUACUAAGUAUGAGUUUGUUGGUAGGAGUUGCAUGACCAGCCUCUUUCUACAGAUACUGAGAUAAUCCAGUCCUUUUACAUCAAUAAAGUUGAAUUUCUCGACAUUUGUUACUUUAAUUUCACUUAGCAAAACAUCAAUAAAUGUAGUUGUGAACUGUUA